ACAUGAUCACAUGACAGAGAAUCAGUUCCACUCCAAAAUGGCUUUAGGAUGUACUAGGCUUCAGAAAGACUCUGUAGUGCUUGUGAUAGUUUUGGCGUGUGUUUUAUGCGCGCCGUGCUCUGCUCGCUACAGGAGCGCGCGCAGACAUGAAGCUCCGCUGGAGUCUGCGGCGGAGGAGCAGUGGUUCAUCCAGAGACUCGAUCACUUCAACGGGGCCGAGACUCGAGUCUGGAAACAGAGAUAUUUCGUGAAUGACACCUUCUAUAGACCCGGUGGUCCGGUCUUCCUGAUGAUCGGAGGGGAAGGUCCUGCGAACCCCGCCUGGAUGCAGUAUGGUACCUGGCUGCUUUACGCACAGAAACUGGGCGCCUUGUGCUUGUUGCUGGAGCACCGAUUCUACGGGAAGAGUCAUCCAACAGAGGACCUGAGCACUGAGAGUCUGCGUUUCCUCAGCAGUCGUCAGGCUUUGGCUGAUCUCGCUCACUUCCGCUCGGUUACCGCAGAGACCCGGGGCCUGACCAAUAACAAGUGGGUAGCGUUUGGGGGCUCCUACCCAGGAUCCCUUGCGGCCUGGUUCCGUCUGAAGUACCCACAGCUGGUGCACGCGUCUGUAGCGACCAGCGCACCUGUUCACGCCACGGUCAACUUCCCAGAAUAUUUAGAGGUUGUGUGGCGAUCGCUGGCGGCGGAAAACCCAGAGUGCCCUCUAGUGGUGAAGAAAGCAUCGGACACAUUGUUAGCGCGACUUAAUGACCCGAAAACUUAUGACAACAUCACAAAAGACUUCAGGUUGUGCUCUAAGCUCCAGAUCCAGUCCAAGAUGGAUUCUGCAUAUCUUUUGGAGUCCUUGGCUGGGAAUUUCAUGGAUGUAGUGCAGUACAAUGAGGACAACCGGGCGUUUGAGGGCGUGGUGGGCACUAACAUCACCAUAAAGGUGUUGUGCAGCAUGAUGCUGGACUCUUCGUUAGGUGAGCCGUACGAUCGAUACGCUGCUGUGGCUCGACUGAUGCAGAGCACAUUCUCUCAGACCUGCAUAAACACACAGUACAAGAGCUACAUCCAGGACAUGAGCAACACCAGCUGGAGCGGCCCUGAGGCCGGAGGAGGCCGGCAGUGGGUGUAUCAGACCUGCACUGAAUUCGGUUUUUAUCAGAGCACAGAUUCACCGAACCAGCCCUUCAGUGGGUUUCCCUUACCCUAUCACUUGCAGCAGUGCGCUGAAAUCUAUAACCUCAGCACCUCGUUGGACGAUGCUAUUCAGCAGACCAAUGAGGAAUACGGAGGAUAUGACAUCAGAACCACUCGCAUCGUCUUCCCCAAUGGUUCCACUGACCCUUGGCACGCCCUUGGAGUGACCCAGGACAUCACAAGCGACCUUCCAGCAGUCUUCAUCAAAGGUACGGCUCACUGCGCUAACAUGUACCCGGCCCGAGCGGGAGACCUUCCUCAGCUGAGUUUAGCACGGGACCACAUCUUCAUCCUGCUCCAGAAGUGGCUGGCCGAGUGAUGGACAGCAGCAGCAGCCAAUCAGGCGCACAGACGUGUGUAACAGCCAAUCAUGAUGUUUAAUGCUACUAUGGCGAUGCAAAGAAGGAAUUUUCUCGCUUUAGAAAUCCAUUUUGGUGGUUUUUAUAACAAACUUGAUUUCCAAAUCACUAUUGAUAUGCAAUUUGUUCCUGAAAAGUAUGAAUGAAUGUCUUUUUUUCUUGAUUUAAAUCACUUGUGUGUAAUGUGCAGCAGAGGUUUCUCAAUAAAAUACAUUUCAUAAUGUU